AUGCCAUCCGACUCUAUGGCCUCGCAAACAACAAAGCAUGCGGAACAGCAAGACAUUCUCGACGAUUUGCUGCCUGCCGCACCCCCCACCACCACCGGCAUGGGCCUCGGCAUCGCAAGCAGAGCCAAUGGACGAGCAGCAGGCAUGCACAUCAAAAGAGAUUGGGCGCACGUCGUCGAUCCUUCCAAGGGCAUGCCAGACUUUCACAAGCUCGUGCCAGACAUGGCUCAAAAGGUGAAUCCAGGAAUGGCGAGGCGAGGCGAGGCGAGGCGAGGCGUGAGAAUCAGCGCGCGACACACGCUGAUCACGUGCGUGCCUCACCCAUUUCCUCUCCCACAGUACCCGUUCGAGCUGGACGCGUUUCAAAAGGAAGCCGUGUACCACCUCGAGCAGCGCGAUAGCGUCUUUGUCGCUGCUCACACAAGCGCAGGCAAGACGGUAGUGGCAGAGUACGCCGUGGCUCUGGCCAUGAAACACAUGACACGGUGGGUUGCGCGCGCCUUUUUCGUGGCAAGCUCUUGCUGACGCAGACGCCCAGACUCUUGACUCGCACGCGCUUUUACACGCACCCGCGCACACAGCUGCAUCUACACUUCACCCAUCAAGGCCCUGUCCAAUCAAAAGUAUCGCGAUUUUAAGCAGACAUUCGGAUCUCAAAAUGUCGGCAUCCUGACUGGCGAUGUGCAGAUCAAUCCAGAAGCUCCUUGUCUCAUCAUGACGACGGAAAUCCUCAGGAGCAUGCUGUACAGGGGCGCUGAUCUGAUUCGAGACGUCGAGUUCGUCGUCUUUGAUGAGGUGCACUACGUCAAUGAUCAGGAGCGAGGCGUGGUGUGGGAGGAGGUCAUCAUUCUCUGUCCUCAACACAUCAACCUCAUCCUCCUCUCCGCCACCGUUCCCAACACCAAGGGUGAGUUUGCGUGCGUGCGUGCGCGCGGCGAGAUGAGAUGAGAGCGUCAGGCUAAACGCGGGGGUUUUGCGCGCGCGCGCGCCCGCCAAACAGAAUUUGCCGAUUGGGUAGGUCGAACAAAAAAGAAGGACAUCUACGUCAUCAGCACUGCAAAGAGGCCCGUACCGUUGGAGCACUUUUUGUACGCGGGCAAAGAGCUGCACAAGAUUGUGGAUGCGAGGGGACAAUUUUUGGGCAGCGGGAUCAAGGAAGCGUCGGAAGCGAUACGCAAGCGGCAAGACAAGGAGAGGGAAGCUGCUGGUCUGCCACCCGUGUCGCGCGGUCGUGGCGGCGGCGGCGGCGGCGGUGGUGGCGCGCCAAUGCGAGGCAGAGGAGCCCCGCAGCGUGGUCGCGCAUCUGGAGCGCCAGUCAUGAGGGGUCGAGGUGGAGCGGGCAUGGGCGCGGGCGGGGGCGCAGGCGCGGGCUCCAACAAGUCUCACGGUGCAGGAGACAAGAAUUUGUGGGUGCACCUCAUCGGCAUGCUCAAGAAGAAGGAUCUGCUUCCCGUCGUCGCUUUCGUCUUUUCGAAGCGGCGUUGCGAAGAGUAUGCUAGCAGCUUGCCGAAUACGGAUCUGUGCAAUGCAAAGGAAAAGAGCGAAGUGCAUGUGCUCAUCGAGAAGAGUCUGACUAGAUUGAAGGGUGAGUCGAGUUGCCAGCGGCGCGAGGGCGAAAAAAAGUGCUCAAAAGGAUUCACGAUUGGUUGGGCCCCCUUCGCGCGCGUGACUCACACGCUCCCGCCCUGACCCUGCGCGCGCCAGGUACGGACAAGCAGCUACCGCAGAUUGCGCGCAUGCGAGACCUGCUGAGCAGAGGUGUCGGUGUGCACCACGGAGGUCUGCUGCCCAUCGUCAAGGAGGUGAGCAGCAGCUGCAGCGGCGACGGCGACGGCGACGGCGACGGUGACGGAGCGCAACAUGCCGAUCACGUGCGCUCAUCGUAUCGUACCGCUCUCUCCCUCUUUCGCAGGUGGUCGAGCUGCUAUUCCAACGCGGACUGGUCAAGGUGUUGUUCGCUACAGAAACCUUUGCCAUGGUAGGUCGCGCGUGCGAUGCACCCUCUCGAUGCUCGCUCGCUCGCUCGCUCGCUCACCCACUCCCACGCCGACGCCCACGCUCAGGGCGUCAACAUGCCCGCUCGAUGCGUCGUCUUUUCCGGCAUUCGCAAACACGAUGGACACGAAUUUCGAGAAUUGUUGGCGGGCGAGUAUACGCAAAUGUCCGGUCGUGCUGGUCGACGUGGUCUAGACGCUACCGGUGUGGUGAUCAUCAAUGCCGCUGACGAUAUCCCAGAGGUGAGCAGCGCGCGGCACGACAACUCGAGAUGCAUUGACGAGCGCCUCACGCUGCCACGCCUCUCCUGCUCCUUCUCGACAGACUGGAAUCCUCAACAAGAUGCUGCUGGGUCAGCCGACAAAGUUGACGAGCCAAUUCAGACUGACGUACAAUAUGAUCUUGAAUCUUUUGCGCGUCGAGGCGCUCAAAGUGGAAGAGAUGAUCAAGCGGUCAUUUUCCGAAAACGCCAGCCAGCGAUUGUUGCCGGAUCAACAGAAAAAAGUCAAGGCGGUGAGUGGGCGCGUGGAGAUAGAGGGAAACAUUGGGGGGUGCGGGGGGGAGCACUACGCGUCACGCUGACCUGACCCAGCACGCACCGACUUGCAGGUCGAGAGGCAACUCGCGCGCAUACCGUCCGUCGCACCCGAGCGGCACGAUGUUCUGAGCACAUUUUACGACCUCUGUCAGAACAGCGUGUCUUCGAAUGAGGCCAUGCUGGAGGUUGCCCUGGCUCACCAACAGGGCAACAAGAUGCUGGCUCCUGGUAGGGUCAUACUGCUCCGCGACGCGCAUUUCGAUUGGGACGCUGCUGUCCUCGUCAAGACUCUUGGUCCGGCACUAUUCUUGGUGCUCGCUGCAGUCGCGCCGGCUCGCAAGAAUGGCGACUUUGGUGAGUGCCCGACGCGGGCACGCAAGCGCAAGCAAGCACGCAAGCACGCUGAUGCAUUGCCAACAACUUCUGCUCGCUGCAGACGCGCCAGGCGAGCAUGGACCACCACCACGCUGGCCUCCUCGCUGCGCAGUCCCAUCGGAAAACAUCGUCUACGAUUUGCGCGAGGUGUCUCUGGGCUCCAUUGCGCUAGUCACGCCGCAUGCUCUCAAGGUGCGCCAGCGCAAGCGCAACCCGAUCGAUGGCUUUCGCGACGCCUGUCUCCCUCCCUCGCUUUUGCUGACAUUGGCGCGCGCACUUUUGCCAGAUCGAAGGAAGCAUGAUCCUCGCACAUAGGAUCUCUGCCAUGCAGCGCACUGCCGACAUGAUCGCGCCGCUUGCUGCCGAAAUGAGCAGGCAGGAAAGCGCGCCGGAAGUGGACUGGUCUCGCAUCCGCAGAUUGGAAUUCCAGGAAGCGCUUCGUUCGCGCGACGCCUAUGCAGCGAGACUGGCUCAGCAUGGUGCUGUGGUGGAGGAGGAGCACUUCCCGUCCGAGGUGCGUGGCGACGAAUCAUUCGCUAGCGCAACGCUCGCGCAGCGCUUACGCAGAGAAGCUGACGAUCUCUUCCCCCCCUCGCCCCACCCCAGUAUGCCACGAUGCACACGCGCAAAACGCUAAUGGCGCGCAUCGCCAAGCUUCAGCAUUCCAUCUCUGAUCAGAACCUCGACCUGCUGCCUGACUACGAAGCUCGCAUAGGUGUGCUCAAAGCUCUGCGUUUCGUCGAUCCCGUCAGCGAAGCUGUGCUGCUCAAAGGUCGCGUGGCGUGCGAAAUCAAUAGCGCAGACGAAUUGCUCCUCACAGAACUCAUCCUCGAUGGCUUCUUUACCCUGCUCAAGCCCGAAGAAUGCGUAGCUCUACUGUCUGUCUUUGUUUUUCAAGAAAAGACCGACGUGGCCACCGAGCUGCCAGAGGCGCUUGCAGAGGUGAGUUGGAGCGAAAGGGGCAAAAAGAUGCUGCGUCACGCUACGGCGUCGCACCCGAAUUUUCGUUCGCUGAGCGGGGACGCCCCCGUGUCUCCCCGGCUUUGUUCAGGCAUUUGCAAACAUUCUUCGCAUCUCGGAACGGGUCAGUGCGGUGCAGACGCAGCAUCAACUGAACAACAUCGACUACGAGACUGAUCUCAAGCUCGGGCUCGUCGAGGUCGUCUACGAGUGGGCAAAGGGCAUGGUGAGUGGAGCGCUUGGGCCCAUCGCGCUUCGCUCGCUCGCGUUCGCGCUAAUUAAUCCCCCACCCGCUCGACUUUGCCGGCCAGCCUUUUUCACAAAUCACCGACUUGACAGACGUAGCAGAGGGCACCAUUGUGCGUUGCAUCACGCGACUGGACGAGACGUGCAGAGAGGUCAGGGACGCGGCGCGCGUCAUUGGAGAUUUCGACUUGUUUGCAAAGAUGGAGGAAGCGCAAAACUUGAUUCGCAGAGACGUCAUCUUUGCUGGAAGCUUGUAUUUCUAG